GCCGACGCGUCCAAAGUCAGGUAGUCGCGGCGACUCUGUGAAGAACACAAGAACAAGUAUUGCGCAAUUGUAUUGACCGGCUUCGUUUUGGUUCACCGCCUGAAACCUGUCAGCAUUUGUCAGACACAGGCCACAAAGAUGAACCUUCUGCGGGCCAAAUUCGUGGUACUAGCUGCGGUUCUGUUGAUCGUGCUCGUUGAUGACACCGCCGCAUGGAGACGUCGCCGCCGCCGCCGCUGCCCUUGGCGCGCCUGUGCAUGGGGGGGCUGGAGCGCUUGGACCGUCUGCACCGCUUCGUGUGGAGAUCAAGGGACACAAUUAAGAACGAGAGGUAUCGCUGUGUCAGCACAGUGUGGCGGACCCGGUUGCACUGGGCCCAGCAGUCAGCUCCAGGCCUGUAACAGGAGGUGUUGUCCGCGAGACUGCCAGUGGCACAACUGGAGCUCUUGGAGCGCCUGUACGGCAACCUGUGGUAGUAGUGGGACCCAGUCCAGAACAAGGGGGAGGUCGUCAGAGCAGUGCGGUGGCAGGGGAUGCAGUGGUUCCAGCAGCCAGGUGCAAGCCUGUAACAGGCAGUGCUGUCCUGUGAACUGCCAGUGGAGUUCCUGGGGUUCCUGGAGCUCCUGUUCGGCAAGCUGUGGUUCCGGAACCCAGACACGAACAAGGAGCAUUGCUGUGCCAGCAUCUUGUGCAGGAAGUGCAUGUGAUGGAGGCACAACGGAGAGCAAGUCAUGUAACGGGGGAUGCUGUCCUAGAAACUGCCAGUGGCACAACUGGAGCACUUGGAGCGCCUGCACAGCGUCAUGUGGGAACAGUGGAACCCGGAGCCGAACAAGGGGUAAGACAGCAGAAUACUGCGGCGGUAGCCAAUGCAGUGGAGACGGCGACCAAGUGGAAGCCUGUAACAGAGUUUGCUGCCCUGAAAACUGCCGCUGGUUGAGUUGGGGUUCUUGGGGCACCUGUACACACCAGUGUGGAAACACUGGGACCCGGCAAAGAACAAGAGCAACGGAAGCUGCAACUUGCGGUGGUAUAGAGUGCACUGGAGAUGACAGUGAAACGAGUCCUUGUAACAGGUACUGUCCUAAUGGGUCUCCAAACGGCCCCGGCUGCAACUGCGCGGGUACAGGGUACAACGGAACCUGCUGUGACAAUGGUAAAUAA